AUGUCUUCAUCCACACCACCAGCAUCACCAUUAUGGCCAGAUGGCGCAGGCGCUCUGCCGCCGAAUCCCCUUCCAUCUGACCAUACCUUGCCUUUCUGGAGAACAGAAUUGCACGAGCUCGAUACUCAUCGUUCCACUCCUGAUCUACCUGCGACAUGUGACAUUUUGAUCAUCGGGUCUGGCUUCUCGGGAGCUGCAACGGCGUACCACCUAGUCGAGAGCUACGGGGAUGAAUCCUUGCCAUCCAUUGUCAUGGUAGAGGCUCGAGAAGCCUGCUCGGGCGCCACUGCGCGCAAUGGCGGCCAUGUCAAGCCAAUUGUGUAUUUUGCCUUUCCUCGGCAGGCAGCAAUCUAUGGAAGUAAAAUAGCCAACGAGAUUGCCGAGUUUCAGCUGCAGCAUGUCCUGGCUGUCAAGGAUCUUGUUGAGAAAGAAAAGAUUGACUGCGACUUUCAAUUGACCAGAGCUUGUGAUGUUUUUAUAGAUCAGGAAUACGCAGACAAGUUCACUGCAGCAUUCGAAGAGAUCAAAGCAUCAGGCGCAACCUGUAUCCGGCAAGUUCAAUACACGGGGCCAAGGGACGCUGAACAGAUCUCUGGGGUGAAAGGCGCCAAAUGCUGCUUUACCUUUCCUGCUGCCCACCUAUGGCCUUAUAAGCUGGUCAUGCAUCUCCUGUCGCUGGUUGUCGCAAAAGGGGUGAAUCUGCAGACCCAGACUCCCGUGACUAGCGUGGCAGAAACGCAAGACGCGGCGGGCCUGUGGGCAGUAAAUACACCUCGUGGGACAAUCAUGGCCAAGAAAGUGGUUUUUGCAACCAACGCUUACACAGGCUACAUUGCGCCCCAGUACACCGACAGAAUCGUUCCUUGCCGUGGCAUAUGCAGUCGAAUUGUGUGUCCGGGCCGAGCGCCGCACCUCCCUAAUUCCUAUAGCCUCCGCGCUGGGCCAAGCAAUUCGGACUAUUUCGUUUCGAGAGCUGAUGGUAGCAUUGUUGUUGGCGGUGCGAAGCCAUACGUAUCUGUUCGCAAAGAGCUGUGGUACAAUGUUGUAGAUGACAGCAAGAUUGUUGAACCUGCUCGGCAACAUUUUGAUGGCUAUAUGCAGCGCAAUUUCAGGGGCUGGGAAGAAACAGGCGCACACGUGGAUAAAAUUUGGUCGGGAGUUCAAGGCUACACAACCGAUCUUGCGUCGCAUAUUGGCGAGGUGCCAGGAAAACAGGGCCAGUUUAUCAUUGCAGGCUUCAAUGGGCAUGGCAUGCCUGAAAUCCUGUUGACUUCCAAGGCGCUAGCCACGAUGGUGAAAGACGGCAAGACAUACGAGGAGACUGGCUUACCAAUGGUGUUCAAGACGACACAAGAGAGACUGGAUGAUGCAAGAAAUCAUAUUGCACUUGGAUAA